AUCACGGAGGAAGAGAGGCACGGAAAGGGACAGUGGGAGCAGUGAACGAAACUGACAGAACUGCCAUACACGAAUUCAAUAGCAUUGCUUCUCGUGCAUUGCAUCACUCAGUGGGUAGAAUAGGUUAUGCAGGUUUGGAUCAGGGCAUGGAUAUUGACAGAGCCAUCAUUACGAAAAAAGCAAACACUUCAGAUUUGAAUGACAAUCUCAAGGCAACCACAAAGCUGAAAACCAGGAAUUCACCGCAUAGAUUUUCUGCUGUCACAUAUGUGAGUGCAUCACAUAUCUCAAAGGAACAUUAGAUUAAAUGAGUGCACAGCGCCUUUGGCAAAUUCAGGAUCAUCUCAAAUUUAAAAAGGGUAAUUCUUCAGACCUCAAAAUGUCACAGAGUCCUCUAACUACCCAUGUACUCAACACAGCACAAGGCAUCCCUGCUGCACAUGUCGCAGUCAGUGUUGUCAGACUGGAGGACAAGGGAUGGAGAGACAUUGCAACAGGGGUAACAAACUCCGAUGGCAGGUGCCCAGGUCUGCUUACGUCAGAAAACUUUGUCCCUGGGAUAUACAAGAUGAAGUUUGCGGUAGAUGAGUAUUGGCAAUCAUUAAAGAUGGCCAGUUUCUAUCCAUACAUAGAGGUUGUCUUCAACAUCUCUGAUGCAUGUCAGAAGUACCACAUUGCUCUUCUCCUGAGUCCUUUCUCAUACAGUACCUAUAGAGGAUCCUAAGCACUAACAUGAACUACAUAUUAAGUCUUAGAUACUCCAUAUGGAAGCAUCACCAUGCCAGUGUUGAGAUUUGAAUAAAGUUCAGAAAAUGA